AUGCCUGUAAGCUGGAACAAGAUGAUUUUGCUACUAGGAAUGGUCUGUUUGGAACAAGGCACAUCUGCAAAUCUUCCUCUUCCAAAAGGUACCGAAUGUGGGAAGAAUCUGGCUAAGGUAGGGCCUCAGAAUUACUUUAACAUUUUCAGUCGCAUUGUUGGGGGAAGCCAAGUGAAAAAGGGUUCUUACCCCUGGCAGGUAUCUCUGAAACAAAGGCAGAAGCAUAUCUGUGGAGGAACCAUCAUCUCUCCACAGUGGGUGAUCACAGCUGCUCACUGUGUGGCAAACAGAAACUUUGCAUCAACUUUGAACGUUACUGCUGGAGAACAUGACUUAAGCCAGGAAGAGCCAGGAGAGCAAACCCUCACCAUUGAAACCAUCAUUGUACACCCAAGAUUCACCAUCAAGAAACCAAUGGACUAUGAUAUUGCCAUUUUGAGAAUGGCUGGGACCUUCCAAUUUGGCCAGUUGGUGGGACCUGUGUGUCUUCCAGAACCAGGGGAAAGAUUUGAGGCUGGAUUUAUUUGUACAACUACAGGCUGGGGCCGCUUGACUGAAGAUGGCAUCCUCUCACAAGUCCUGCAGGAGGUGAACCUGCCUAUUUUAUCCAAGAAGGAGUGUGUGGCAGCUCUGUUAACCCUAAAGAAGCCAUUUAAUGGGAAGACCUUUCUCUGCACAGGCUCCCCUGAUGGAGGGAGGGAUGCAUGUAAGGGAGAUUCAGGUGGCUCACUCAUGUGCAGAAAUAAGAAAGGAACCUGGACUCUGGCUGGCGUGACUUCCUGGGGUUUGGGCUGUGGUCGAAGCUGGAGAAACAAUAGGCAGAAAGAUGAGCAAGGGUCCCCUGGGAUCUUCACAGAUCUUAGUAAAGUGCUUCCCUGGAUCCGUGAACACAUCCAAACUGGGCAUCAAAGAAAGAGCUCCAGAGCAUCAUGCAGUGAAAAGGAUGGUAUAGUCAGCGGGUCUGAUGGGGAGCUGCACUUCCCAGAAAGUCUCCACGUGUAUUAUGACAGUGAGCAACAGUGUGUUUGGACCCUGUUGGCACCAGAGGGAAUGCAUGUGUUGCUCAGUUUUUCCCGCAUGGAUGCAGAGUCUUGUCACCACAAUCACCUGGCAAUGUAUUCUUUGGAAGACAGACUCUUUGGGAAACUCUGUGGAGAAAUCCUCCCUUCCUCUGUUCUUGUUGGUUCCAAUUCUAUAAAGCUGAAGUUCAUCUCUGAUGCCACAGAUUAUGCCACUGGGUUUAAUCUCACCUAUAAAGCUGUUACCCCAAACUACUUUCCUGAUUCAGGUUGCAAUUCCUUAACUAUCCUUUUUAAAGAAGGCAUCAUACAGAGUCUUCACUAUCCUGAAGACUACAAUGACAUGGCCAACUGUAACUGGAUUUUUCAAGCCCCCAAACAUCACAUAAUUAAGCUGUCAUUUCAGAGUCUGGAAAUAGAAGAAAGUGGAGACUGCACUUCUGACUAUGUGACAGUGCACAGUGAUGUAGAAAGGAAGAAGGAAAUAGCUCGGUUGUGUGGCUAUGAUGUCCCUCCCCCUGUGCUGAGCUCCUCCAGUGUCAUGCUCAUCAACUUCCAAUCAGAUGAAAAUGGGACCUUCAGAGGCUUCCAGGCUGCAGUCUCCUUCAUUCCUAUAGCAGAUUUAAAUACCUUGGUAUUAGAGGAUGGACCAGUGUUUCUGGAGACAUGGAAUGUGCCAUCUGAAGAAAUUAAUGCUUCUGGAAGCCUCAGCCCUGCUUUUAAGAUCUUCCAACUCAUUACGUCCAGGAUGAUUUUCCUUACCUAA